AUGUUGUUGACGACCAAAGAAAUCGUCAAUUGCACUGAAUGUCCCUCUCGAACAUUUACUUGUUCUCACUUUUAUGACCCAGAUUCUCCAUCGAACGCCAUCGAUUAUUCUCAACUGGCCACGUUUGUCUUUCCCAAAUGUAAAGCCGAGUCACACACUCAUUCCAACGUUCCAGAGGUUAUGGAAUCUGAAGAAGACGUAAUCACCAAUCAAGAUGUAUUUAUUGAACAAGAGGAAUUCUCUGUUAACUUGGAGUUAGAUUUUUCAUCAGAAGAUGAAGACAACUACUCUCAACAACAAGAUGAAUUCUGCAUUUCUCAAGAGUCUCACGUGGAUGAUGGUGUUCAAUUUCCAAACAAUUCGUACAAGUUUUUGACGUAUCCAAAGCUUAUCACACUUUUUUUGACACUUUUUUUGGUUUGGCUCCAACGGACGAGUAAUCACACUAUUCUAACUCUGUCGACAGCAAUCAUGUUCGUAGUUAUUCUCUCAAUUUUUGAACACCAAUCGAGGGCGAAUUCUUCCCUUUCAAAAGCAAACGCUCAGUUGCAAUCACUGAUUCUUCAAACAGAAGGAGCUUUGCAAAGUUAA